AUGGGUUGUGAAGCAGGUGGUGGAAUUUCAAUAUACUGGGGACAGAAUGGGAACGAGGGCACCUUGGCCGAGACUUGCGCCACAGGCAACUAUCACUAUGUCAACAUAGCUUUUCUGUCUGCAUUUGGCAACGGGCAGCCACCGGUGAUCAACCUUGCAGGUCACUGUGAUCCAACCAACAGUGGCUGUGCUGGUCUGACUUCUGACAUCAAGUCAUGUCAAGCUAAAGGGGUCAAGGUCCUGCUGUCAAUCGGCGGAGGAGCUGGAGGUUACUACCUUGCAUCCAAACAAGAUGCAGAGCAGGUUGCCACUUAUCUAUGGGACAACUUCUUCGGAGGUUCUUCAUCUGCCAGACCUUUUGGUCCGGCUGUGCUCGAUGGGGUUGACUUCGACAUUGAAGGGGGAACGAACCAGCACUGGGAUGAUUUAGCAAAGUUUUUGAAAGCCCACGACGAAAAGAUCGUACUGACAGCAGCUCCACAGUGCCCAUUCCCUGAUGCUUGGAUAGGUAGUGCACUUGAGAGUGGACUGUUUGACUAUGUUUGGGUUCAGUUCUACAACAAUGCUCCUUGCCAGUACUCUCCUGGGAGCGUCAAAAACCUUGAAGAAGCUUGGAAGCAAUGGACUUCAGCCAUUCCUGCUAAGAAGAUCUUCCUGGGACUGCCUGCUGCUCCCGAUGCAGCUGGGAGCGGAUUCAUCCCUGUGAACGACCUCGAGUCUCAGGUGCUACCUGCAAUCAAGAACAGUUACAAGUAUGGUGGUGUCAUGCUGUGGUCCAAGUACUAUGAUGAUCAAACUGGCUACAGCAAAUCCAGCCAGAAGAAAGUGUACAUAACUGGAGCUCCACAAUGUCCAUAUCCUGAUGCCUGGAUUGGGAGAGCCAUUAGCACGGGACUGUUUGAUUAUCUCUGGGUGCAAUUCUACAACAACCCUCCCUGCCAGUACUCUGGUGGGAGCAUUGAUGGUCUUCAAAAUGCUUGGGAUCAAUGGACUUCUUCAGGUCAUGCCAAGAAGAUCUUCUUGGGAUUGCCUGCUGCACAGGAGGCAGCUGGUAGCGGUUUCAUCCCUCCUCAUGAGCUGAUCUCCACUGUGCUUCCUGCAAUCAAGAGUUCUCAGAAGUAUGGGGGUGUUAUGCUCUGGUCCAAGUUCUAUGAUGAACAAACUGGAUAUGCUAAAGCUAUCAAGAAGCAUGUCUGA